AUACACUAUCAAUACGUAAAUAUUCUCUCAUUUGACGAGCUAUAUGCCGCAAAACCCCGCCGACGUGAAUCGCGAAUAGGAGCGUCCUGGUGUUAAUGUGAAGCGCAACCUAGGAAGUGGCUCGUAUUUACUUCGUGUAACCCACAAUAAUUUGACAGGGAUGGCAGACGAGGCUCUGUUUGAAUUUCUCCAUAUGGAGAUCGUGUCUCAUGUUUACAAGGAGCAGCAGUCCGGCAAAGGAGAGAUGGACAACAAGGACAGGGCUGUUUGUGUGUCAGUCCUCGAAGGCAUGGGCUUCAGAGUGGGACAAGGACUCAUUGAGAGGUUAACCAGGGACUCUCCCAGCUUUAAGGAUGAGCUGGAUAUAAUGAAGUUCAUCUGUAAAGACUUCUGGACAAAGGUGUUCAGGAGGCAGAUUGACAACCUUAGGACAAACCAUCAGGGUACCUAUGUUUUACAGGACAACAAGUUUGCUCUGCUGACUCAGCUUUCCAGUGGAAAACAGUACCUGGAACAGGCUCCUAAGUACCUUGCAUUUUCUUGUGGCAUGGUGAGAGGUGCUCUGUCAAACAUUGGUCUGGACAGUGUGGUGACAGCUGAAGUCUCUGUCAUGCCAUCCUGUAAGUUCCAGGUGGUGGUCCAGAAGUUGUGAACUGAUCCUCUUUGCUACCCUGGUGCUGACGAACUGGUCCCUGCAGGGGCUCUGUUAAUCUUACAGCGAGGACAUUUGUCCCUGUCCUCCCACUGAGUAGUCCAACCGUAGAGGGAAUCAAACGCCAUCCUGGUUUCCACAGCUGCAGCAAACGGGACUAGCCAGGCUCUGCUGAUAUAAAGAGAUUAUAGAGAUUUAGCCAGAGAUUCUCUUUUACUUGUAAAAACAACAUUUGUUUUUAUUUUUCUGCCUCUUGAUUUUGAUGGAGGUUAUGUUAGGUGUUGUCAUUUUUAGUUUUAGGUAAAGUAGAGAAGCCUGGCCUUCGUGGACUUUAUUUGUCACUAUAUUGUAAAGGUGAAUGUAUUGUUAAACAGAAGGUCACUUAAUUUGUGCUGUGUUGCAACGUUUAGUCAAAGUGCUUAACAAGAAAUAAUUGGAAACGAAUGUGCCCACAUACAAACAUAUAAUCUCAGCUGCCAGACCAUAGUUAUUUUGAAAAACGUGACCCUUGACAUCUCAGAUUAAUCAUUCAGCACUUGUUUGUCUGUAAUCAGCACCCGGUGCUUUGCUCUACCAAGUAGCAAGAUGCCUUUAGGAGCUGAGUCUUUCGUAUACAGUAUGUUGACAGUUUCAGGUAACUUAUUAUUUGAGAUAAUGAGUAUUUCUAAAGCUAGCUUUUCAAUAAAUGAAAGUGGAAUGGCAGCUCCUUGGUAAGCACCACUCUAACUAAUUUUAGAGUUGACCAUUUAAAGAUGGGUUUACGUGUUAAUAUUUUUCCAGCCAUGUGUAUAUUUUCUUCCGAUGUACAGCAUUGAUAUGCGAGAUGUUCCUAAGUUGUGUUUUUUACUGGGUUUGUUUAUAACUUUUCCAACAUGAGUCCUAAAACAGCAUAACACUCUAGUUACCUCUUUGUGCCACUAGAGGGACACACCACACUGUCACCAUUUUCCAAGUCGUGUCUCCUUGUUUGCUGUGAGAGAUAAAGGAGAACUCAAAAAAACACAACUUGUGUCUUUAUAUGUUACUU